AUGAUCAAAGGGUUCUUCUUGACCACUCUAUUGGCGUUCGGUCAGGCACUUGCGCUUGGCCACGCAAAACGCCAAGCUGUUGGAACAGCUACUGUUAACUUAGCUCAGCCUUCAGGCGAGCCUCAACAUCUAGCUUCUGGCUUCAUCUACGGUCUACGCGACAACAAAGACGGUAGUGAAAACCGAGAGAUUCCUUCUGAGCUCAUUGGUGGAAUGGGCUUCAAUUAUUGUCGUGCUGGUGGUGCCCAACUCACUGAUGCUCUUGGCUGGGUGGCGGGAUCCUACGAAGGCCGAUGGAAUUCUACUCUGUCCAAUUAUCGCACCACUCGCUCUUUCGGAGGAAGAUUCACCUUGCUGAUGCAUGACCUUUGGGGAGCAGAUAGCAAGCAAUCUCCUACCUUUUCUUGGCCUGGAGAUAACGGCAAUUGGACGGAAUAUGACGCAUUCCUUGACCGAGUCUUCUCUGAUAUCAGAAAGUUCCACGCUGCGCCCGGACUCGAUGUUGACAUCUGGAAUGAACCCGAUGGCGCUGGCUUCUGGGGAGCAAGCCAAGACCAAUAUCUAGCAACCUGGAACCGGACUCACCACAGGCUUCGAGCCGAGUUACCUCAGGUUCAAAUUACAGGUCCAUCUACCGCAUCUCAGCCAACAACAGGUAAUACAUGGUGGGACAAGUUCUUAUCCUAUGUCGCCGAAACCGGCACCAUACCCGAUUACUGGUCUUGGCACUUGCUGGACCCGAGACGCACACUAAAAGACACCAAAGAAACGUUUGACAUAUUUCGUUCUCGAUAUGGCUUGCCAGAAAAGCCGAUUGUCAUCAACGAAUAUGCGUGGGUCGGCGAUAAUGAGCAGAGUCCAGCUGGAGGUGUCUUUUAUAUAUCGCAACUGGAGCGCUAUGACAGCCAUGGGCUUAGGGCCAAUUGGGGCAGCAACGAAGGCUUGCAUGACACGCUGGCCUACCUGGUGAUCCGGAACAGCGACGGCUCUUACGAGACAACAGGUGAGUGGCACGUGUACAACUACUAUGUAGAACAGAUGAAGGGCCAGCGCGUUGCCACAACAUCGUCUGCAGAUGAGAUCUUCGAGGCCUAUGCCACGCAUGAUGCAGAUACCGGCUCGGUCAAGGUUUUGGCUGCUGUUCGCCCUAUAGCUGGCACCCGAACCUACGAUCUCGAUAUUACCGGCCUUGAUGCGAUUGGCCACAGCGAAGCUAAGGUCUCUGUCAGAACCCUGAGAUUUGACGGCCCAAAUAAGGACACAGCAGUGACAGACCCAGUUGAUCUUGGCAUUCAUUCGCACGAUGUUAAAGAUGGACAGGUAACCUUUUGGGUUACUCCGGCUACUGUUACAACCGCGUACGCCUUUGAACUCAUUGUCGAAUGA